AUGAGAAGAGAUCUUAGUACUUAAUAAAGUUAGUAAACUGUUGAAAACAUUCCCUAAUUAGGAACCACGUAAUGUCAUUUUUCAUAUUUAGAUUUCGGUUUGAGCAGGCCAAUUAAGUUUUGAGCUCUGUAUUGCUGUCCAAUUCUAUUUAUGCAAUAGCAGUUUUACUAUUCAGUUUUCAAUUGAGUUUUGAUGGUAAUCUGCUAUCUGUUAUUUAUUGUAUUGAUUCAAAAUUGUUAUUGCAAUUGAUACAUUAGCUCUAUUUUUAUCGAAUAUUCCUACAUUUUAACAUGUAUGACAGUCUUAUUAAUUAAUUAGAACAGAAAAACACACAUUAUUAAGAUUAAUAUCAACAUUAGUUGAAGGUUCUUAUUUACUUGUACUUAAUUUAUAUUAAAUAUCGGGGACAAGAGAUUUACUAUUACUUUCAAACAUAUUUCCAUUAUUAAAUAUAUUUCUUUCUGUGAUUUUAAAGUUGAAUGAAGGAAAUUAAUAUUUUAAACAAUCAAUAUCAUAAAUCAAUAUGUUUCAUGUUUUUAGAAAUAUUGCCUUAUUUAUAAUUUCAAUAUUUUUAAGCUUAAAACUUGAAGGAUACUUCGAUAUAUAAUGGUUAUAUGCUCUGUGGAUGUUUUGGAUACUAUUUGGGAUAUCAGCAUCAAUAGUAAUUUAUUACAUUUUUGUGGUUUUGGCAUUAGGAAUCCAAAGUUUAUUAGAACAAAAUAGUAGACUAAAAAAUUUAGGUUAAGAUUUGUCUAUAUUCUUAGUUAUUAUAAACUUCUGGAUAUUGUUCUUUAUGAUAUCGAAUACAUCCAUUCUCCUUUUGAUUCCUAUAUCAAUACUAAACUAUCAUAACUUAGGAAAUUAUGGAAACAUUAUUGACACAUCAAGGAUUAUUCUAAUUAUAAACCAAGUCGUAUUUUCUUAUUUUACUGUGAGAUUUAAACCUGAAAUGAUAUUCAACUUAUAGUCUUAUUUAUCCUUUAACGAUUCUGUUAAUCCCCUCAACACUCUACCUACUUAACAAGGAGAAAUAUAACUCUAAUAAUUCAACAACAAAGACUUUGGGGAAAGUCGAGUAUCAGAGCCCCAAGUACAUAUUCCAAAAAUAGUAAAGAGAAUAUCAAAAACUUAUUUUGGAUUUGAGGAUCUACCUUCUGAUAAAAAGUCUGAGACUUAACUGUCUAGUAAGAAACCCUCUCAUCAUAAAGCAUUGUCAUCAUAAAUAUAAAGAUGUUCAGAUGAUCAAAAUGAAAAAAUCAAAUUGUCAUCCUUAAUUAACAUUAAGGUGAGUGGAAGGCAAAAGAGUAUUGCAGAUAUAGAAAAUGAUUCAUAAGAAAUUAAAUAAGUACUGUGUAUAAUUAUUGCUGGUUUAGUAAGCUAAUGUGCCAAGUUCGAUCUCUUUAUCGUCUAUCAAUUCUUGUUGCAUCUGUUUUGAAAAUGAACCUAAUGCAUUAUUUAUGUAAUGUGGACAUGGAGGAGUCUGCUAUAAUUGUGCCAUAGACUUGUGGAAAAAUAAGGAGGAAUGCUAUUUAUGUCGAAGUGUAAUCAAGUUCUUUAUAUUUAGAAAAUUGAAAGAGUCUUAUAAAUCAAAAUGAAUGAAUAACAAAAAAACAUUUAUCAAGUUGUUGCUGCUACUGAAUUGAAUUAGAAACUCAAAUUAGAACAAAAAACCCAAACAUAGAAUUUAUAAUAAUGA